AUGGAUCAACCAAAAUAUUUUUCAAGUUUAUUAGGAUUCCUUUUAAAAAAAGAAUAUGAAAAAGAUGAAGAUUGUAAAUCUUUGGAAACAUUAAAAGAAAUGGUGUUCUCUGAACAAGAUGAUGUUACAUUAGAAUUGAUCGAAUUUACAUAUAAUAAAUGUUUUGAAAUUAUUCAAAAAGCAUCAUACUCUGAUAUGCAAAUUUCAACAUUUGAAAAUAUAGUUAAAGAAAGUGAUUUUACAACAGUUCAACAAGAAUGUUUAAAUAAAUUUUGGAAAGUUAAUAAAAAGAAGAUUCAUGAAAUUAUAUAUAAAACCACAAGAUUCAAUAACUCUUUACAAAAAAUUAGUUGGAGAAUUGAUGUUAAAACAAAAUCAAAAGAAAUUAGUGAAAUUAAUGAACCUGUAUCAAUUGUAGAAUUAAAAUUAAAAAAUACCAAUACCAAUAAUAAUAAUAAUAAUAAAAAUGAUUUAAUAAGAUUUGAAAUGGAUAAAAAUCAAUUAGAAGAAACUUUACAACAAAUUAAUAGUAUUCAGAAACAUUUACAAGCAAAAUCUUUAUAA